UCCGACUUCGAUCCCAUCUUUAAUAACAGAGUAAUUUUGGAAGGAGUUGCGGUUACUGGGACAAAAGCAUCGGCAUCAUCAAUAGCAAAGGCUCGGGUAAAACGACAUUUUUCCUCAGUAAGGAAAUUGAUGUGCGUAAAGAAGGGAUGCCAGCCAGGCGUGGCUUGCAUUUGAAUAUCCAAUUUGAGAAUGCGCGGGGAGUAUGUAUAUAAACGACUCUUUCAAUCUAAUAAACAGACAUUUCCAUGUGAUGAAUAGUGUGGGACGAUUAAUGAAGUAGUUUUAUGAGGAGCAAGGCACCGCGCGCCGGGCACGUCCUCACGGGCAUCUGCAUGGGUCGGACCCUCGCCUCACACGGCCAACCGCUCCUCCAAAGUCAACCUAUAUUUCACAUUGCAUAAACAACUCUGCCAAGUGUGCGCGAUGGCAGAGGUCGGGGGGUUUCUCGGGGCCCUGGAUUUGGAUUUACAAAGCUUGCCUGCGCUGGGACCUCUCUCCGAGUCGCCUGCAGGUUUGAAUGAAAGAUUGGGACUGAUCGAGGGGAGAUUACAAAGAGGGUCUCUCACGGAUUUUGAACAUCUUAAAGGGAUUCUGCGACGGCGACAGCUGUACUGUAGGACCGGCUUUCAACUGGAGAUAUUUCCCAACGGCACCGUCCACGGUACCAGACAGGAUCACAGUAGAUUCGGUAUUCUGGAGUUCAUCAGUUUGGCAGUGGGCCUGGUCAGUAUUCGGGGCGUGGACGCAGGCCUUUACUUAGGGAUGAAUGAGAGAGGCGACCUCUAUGGGUCGAAGAAGCUGACGAAGGAGUGUGUGUUCCGCGAGCAGUUUGAGGAGAACUGGUACAACACUUACGCCUCGACGCUCUACAAGCACGCCGACACGGGGAGGUACUACUACGUGGCCCUGAACAAGGACGGCUCGCCGCGAGAAGGCGGCAGGACUAAGAAGCAUCAGAAGCUCACGCACUUCCUACCACGGCCCGUGGAAAUCGACAAGAUCCCGCAGGCCUACCGGGACCUCUUCCAUCAACCCACGUGACCGAAAUUAGGGCCUGGGCCUUGGGCGUGGCUACGGGAAGGUGUGGAGACGGAGGAUGGAUGGAUGGACCAGUGGAUUCCUUAAGAAUCCUCCCGCUCCCUCUCCUCUCCCCCCACCUUCCCCCCUGGCUAGUGUUUAUGUGCUAAUAUCCAAGGCUUCCGGCCCUUUCCGGUGCAGAGAUAAACAAGCUCCACGUGUGUGUGUUCCUGGUCACCGUCGCCUCCUUCCUUGAUGCGACACAAACACUUUGUUUUUUUUUGUUGUUGUUGUUUUUUUUCGUCCUCUUUCCUCGUUUCCUCUUUGAUCACACGAGCAGGUGUGUGAGGGUGACUGAACGAGAGAACGAGGCCCGUAAGGCCGCCACGCCACUCACCUGAAACUCAAAUCAGGGGUCAGACACAAUGUGGAGAGAAGAGGAACUAUGUCUGACGCAAAAAUAACCUGAGGAAACUCUUUGUUGACUAAAUGAACCACUCUGGAACUGUCUGUGGGGCUGAACCCUUGUGAACAUGCCCAAGCACUUGGUCGCUGCACCUCCCCUGCGAUUGUUUGGAAGGGGAGAGGGACAUGUCUCCAUGUCCUUCAAGAUUAGCUCCACUAGUACACUAUGUAGUUAAGUAGCCGACGAUGCUAUGUUAUUAAUGCCCUUUUAAUUAAUUAGUACAGUGAACAUUUCACAGCUCCAGCUAGGGCAAGGGUUAGAAAAAUUGACGUUGUGUACACUGUGAAGUAUAUUGAAUUGCAGCCUUUUGAUUUUUCAAAAAUGUCAAAACCUUUACUCCACCUAAAGCUACAGCUACAUUUUGGAUAUUGAAUCUCUCAUUUACAAGUUAAUAUUUAAUAUAUAUAUAAUGCCCAACUCAUCACUCUUGACUAUCACAAAUGCAAUGAUGCAUAUUAAGAAUUUCACCAAAGGGCCUGUAGAAGGCCUUGAACCUAGGGAUGGAUUACUGCACGGGCCUACCGGGCCCAGGCCCAGGGGCCCAAGGGGUCAGGG